UGUUAUCAUCAUCAUGUAUUGUUUGCUGUGUAAACUGAGCUAGCUGGGGUUACAACCCCCUCAACAUACACACGUGUUGAAGCUCUUCUUCACUGUUAGGUCCUGUAUGACAGCAGUAAGUCGCGCACUGUUAGGAAUCUAAAAACCCUUGAGGGAUGUGCGUGUUCAUGGAAGACUUCUUGGAUGCUGAGAAGCUUUAGUAGACAUGAGUGGUCAAAGUUCUACUCCUGGAGUCAGUAAUGGCAUCACUCCGCUCCAGCAGAUGGUGGCGUCCUGCUCCGGAGCCAUCCUCACAUCUCUGUUUGUUACACCUUUGGAUGUUGUGAAGAUCAGACUUCAAGCACAGAAGAGUCCCUUCCCCAAAGGUAUAAUGAAUAUGGGUAAAUGCUUUGUCUACUGUAAUGGACUCAUGGACCACUUAUGUGUGUGUGAAAACGGCAACUCCAAGGCCUGGUACAAAGCACCCGGUCACUUCAAUGGCACACUGGAUGCCUUUGUCAAGAUUGUACGCCGAGAGGGAAUAAAGGCUUUAUGGAGCGGUCUACCCCCAACCCUUGUGAUGGCGGUUCCAGCUACAGUGAUCUACUUCACGUGCUACGACCAGCUGUGUGCAGCGCUCAGGGUCAGGAUGGGCACCUGGGCUGAGGAGGCUCCUCUCCUGGCAGGAGCUAUCGCUAGAGUGGGUUCGGCGACAGUGAUCAGCCCUCUGGAGCUGAUCCGCACCAAGCUGCAGUCCCAGAAACAGUCGUACAGGGAGCUGACUGACUGCAUCCGCUCAGCAGUGGAGACAGAGGGCUGGCUGUCUCUGUGGCGAGGUUUGGGACCCACGCUGCUCCGAGACGUGCCCUUCUCAGCCAUGUACUGGUACAACUACGAGAAGGGCAAGAGCUUGCUGUGUGAGCACUACAACACCAGAGAACCCACAUUCACCAUCACCUUCAUAUCUGGAGCUGCGUCUGGCUCUAUUGCGUCCAUUGUAACAUUACCUUUUGAUGUUGUCAAAACGAGAAGGCAGGUGGAGCUGGGAGAGCUACAAGCAAAGAAUUUAUCAUGUCAGGUCUCAUCCUCCACCUUCAGUGUGAUGAGCAGGAUUGUGGCACAGUACGGCUUUGGCGGUCUGUUUGCAGGUUUCCUCCCCAGGCUGAUCAAAGUGGCCCCGGCCUGUGCCAUCAUGAUCAGCACUUAUGAGUUUGGGAAGGCCUUUUUCCGCAAACACAACCAGGAGAGCAUACUCAGGCCGCUGCAGACCAGCAACACCUGAACGUUUUCCAAUCACUUCUCUUCAAACUGAAUACCACUUUGACCAAUGCAAGAGGACAUCUGGACAGAGGAAGCUAAUGUUGCCAAAAAAAAAAAAAGACAAGCAGACAGGGGGAGUGGAAAAA